AAGCACAGCCAACUGGGCAACCAAUGUCGGCAAUGAGCACGGGCAAAUUCUCAUGUCUGUCCUCACAGAGGGUGAGGGUCAAGGCCUGAAAAAAAUGCUGGACGGCAUUAUUUCAAGAUAUAGUAAUGCAGGAGUCCCCUCCCCCUAAAGUGAUGUACACUGACAGAGACUGCUGUGGCCGUCAGUCUAUAAAGAGUUAUUUUGAUGCCUGGCCGUUCCUUCAUGUUAGACUAGAUUCAUGGCAUUUCAUGCGGCGAUUCCCCAAUGGAUGCACCACAGACAAGCAUCAGCUGUUUGGUCCCUUCAUGGCUCGUCUCAGUGGCUGCAUCUUCCAGAUUGAUCAGGGAGACUACUCUCUUCUGAUGAAGGCUAAGAGAGAGGAGCUGCUUAAACAAGGCGUACCUGAUCCUUCUGACAAAGAUGUAACAAAGCACAUCACAUCUGAUGAGGUUGGCCGCCACUGUAAACGAGCCACGAGGGGAAUCAAGGAGACAACGAGUCUAAUAAAGGCAUUGAUAGAUUCUCUGGAUGGUGAAAGAGGUAAAUAAUUAAACUUCUUUAUUAGAAACAUAGUUUAAGAUUUAUGAGCAUUC